AUGGCUACCAAUGGUUCCGAUACGCCCAAGCGGGACACUCGCAACCACCAGCUUUUCGAAGUCGCAACAGAAGUCGCCAAUCGAGUGGGAGGUAUCUAUUCAGUGCUGAAGUCCAAAGCUCCAGUCACCACCGCAGAGUAUGGAGAGCGUUACACACUCAUUGGGCCCUGGAACAAGGCUUCGGCGGCUGUCGAAGUCGAGGUCCUGGAGCCGACAAACAUAGCCAUGGCCAACACUAUCGCAUCCAUGAAGGAGCGUGGGAUUGAUAUGAUCUACGGCCGUUGGCUCAUUGAGGGUGCGCCUAGAGUUUUACUUAUAGAUACUGGCACUGGCUAUCGCUAUCUGGAGGAGUGGAAGGGCGAUCUCUGGAACAUCGCCGGUAUCCCGUCGCCUGAAGGCGACCACGAGACGAACGAAGCCAUUGUCUUCGGCUACUUGGUGGCAUGGUUUCUAGGAGAGUACAUCUCACACGAAUCGAAACGUGCCAUUGUCGCCCACUUUCACGAAUGGCUGGCUGGAGUCGCUCUUCCCUUGACAAAGAAGCGUCACAUGGAUCUGACGACGAUUUUCACAACGCACGCGACCCUUUUAGGCCGUUAUCUCUGUGCCGGGUCUGUUGAUUUCUAUAACAACCUGCAGUAUUUCGAUGUCGACGCAGAAGCAGGCAAGCGUGGCAUUUACCAUCGCUACUGCGUCGAGAGAGCGGCUGCCCACUCCGCAGAUGUCUUUACUACGGUGUCGCACAUCACUGCAUUCGAGAGUGAACAUUUACUCAAGCGGAAACCAGAUGGUGUAUUGCCCAAUGGGUUGAAUGUGAAGAAAUUCUCUGCCGUGCAUGAGUUCCAGAAUCUCCAUUCCCAGGCCAAGGAGAAGAUCCACGACUUUGUCCGCGGCCACUUUUACGGACAUAUGGAUUUUGACCUGGACAACACGCUUUAUCUCUUCACGGCUGGCCGUUAUGAGUAUCGCAAUAAGGGUGUCGAUAUGUUUAUUGAGUCUUUGGCGCGCCUGAACCAUCGGUUGAAGACGAGCGGCUCUAAAACCACAGUUGUUGCCUUCAUUAUCAUGCCGGCCCAAACAUCCUCGUUGACUGUCGAGGCAUUGAAGGGUCAGGCGGUCGUCAAAUCAUUGCGCGAUACCCUGGAGAUGGUUGAAAAGGGCAUUGGUCGACGUCUGUUUGAACGAUGUCUUACUUGGAAAGAUGGCGAUAACAUGCCCGAUGAGAAGGAUUUGAUUACCAGCCAAGACCGAGUUCUUCUCCGUCGCCGAGUCUUCGCACUCAAGCGCCACACACUGCCUCCAAUCGUGACGCACAACAUGGUCAAUGACUCCGAGGACCCGAUUCUUAAUCAGCUCCGUCGCGUUCAACUCUUUAAUCAUCCCACGGAUAGAGUCAAGGUGGUAUUCCAUCCUGAAUUCCUCAACUCGGCCAACCCCGUUCUACCGCUUGAUUACGAUGAUUUUGUUCGUGGUACGCAUAUGGGUGUCUUCCCAUCCUACUAUGAACCGUGGGGCUACACCCCUGCGGAAUGUACAGUCAUGGGCGUUCCCAGCAUCACCACUAACCUGUCCGGAUUUGGCUGCUACAUGGAAGAAUUGAUCGAGAAUUCCUCCGACUACGGAAUUCACAUCGUGGACCGACGCUCUAAAGGUGUCGACGACUCUGUCAACCAGCUCUCCGAGUUCCUUUUUGAAUUCACUUCCAAGAGCCGACGCCAACGUAUCAACCAGCGAAACAGGACGGAGCGAUUGAGUGAUUUGUUGGACUGGAAGCGCAUGGGUCUUGAGUAUGUCAAGGCUCGCCAGCUUGCUUUGAGAAGAGCUUAUCCAACCUCUUUCGAUACCGACGAGGAUUUCACUGAUUACAUUGGUGGCACGGCCCAAAAGAUCUCACGGCCACUUUCAGUGCCUGGAUCGCCGCGUGAUCGCACUGGCAUGAUGACUCCUGGCGACUUUGCUUCCCUCCAAGAAGGCCGAGAGGGACUUGGCACAGAAGACUACAUUGCCUGGAAACUACCUGAGGAGGAGGAACCAGACGAGUAUCCUUACCCUCUCACGCUCAGGACGAAGAAGUCGGGCGACCGCCCCCAAUCGCCGCUUGACUCUGUUUCUCUGAACGGGAAAUAA